UCUUUCUUUUUUUCAUAGCAAAGAUGGCCGAGGGAGAUAAAAAGAAGGCUGUCAGGAAGCACGGCAGCCGGAACCCGGUUCUGGUCAGGGGCAUCGGCCGCUACUCCCGUUCCGCCAUGUACGCUCGCAGAGCCAUGUACAAGAGGAAGACCAAGACCACCACCACCAAGAUUGAGAAGAAGCUGAAGGUGAAGGCGCCCGCUACAGUCACCAAGACUGUCGGAGGAGACAAGAAUGGAGGCACUCGUGUCGUCAAGCUACGCAAGAUGCCCCGUUACUACCCCACAGAGGACGUGCCCCGCAAGCUGAAGAGCCACGGGAAGAAGCCCUUCAGCCAGCACAAGAGGAAGCUGCGCGCCAGCAUCACUCCUGGCACCGUGCUCGUCCUGCUCACCGGGCGCCACCGUGGGAAGCGCGUGGUGUUCCUGAAGCAGCUCUCCAGCGGUCUGAUGCUCGUUACUGGCCCCCUCGCCCUGAACCGCGUCCCCCUGCGCAGGGCACACCAGAAGUUUGUCAUCGCCACGGCGACCAAGGUCGACAUCUCCACCAUGAAGAUCCCCAAGACCCUGUCAGACGCCUACUUCAAGAAGAAGAGGCUGAGGAGACCACGCCACCAGGAGGGCGAGAUCUUCGACACAGAGAAGGAGAGUUACCAGCUGACAGAGCAGAGGAAGGAGGACCAGAAGGCUGUGGACUCCCAGCUGCUGCCCCUCAUCAAGAAGGUCCCUCAGCUCAAGGGCUACCUGCGCUCAUCUUUCUGCCUGUCCAACGGCGUGUACCCUCACAAGCUGGUUUUCUAAACGUGUUGUAAUAAAGAGUACCACAGACCUA